AGCUUUUGGAGACGUCAAAGUACAACAACUUUUUGACUUGGGCUUGUGGAUUUGGACCUCGACCUCGAACUUGGACGUCGAGGCUCGCGACUGGGAGGCAACAUUCUGACCCAAACCUCCAUCGCUCGACAGCCACGAUAUAAAAAUGAACUCCGCCGCAAUAAUAACGAAGCGGCCGCUGAGCUGUCUGAAAAACAGUCUCCGAUAUGCCAGCCAGCAGAGGCCAAUCCGCCGACUAAUGGCAACCCAGGUCGUCACCGAUGCCGCCGCCACCACUACCACUACCACUUCUUCGGGAGCCCCGAAAUACUCGAGGGUCAGGCUCUCGCCACACACAAUUUACGGUGUCCCCAAAAGCCGGAGGAGCGCCAAGUUCCGCACCGGUUUCGCGGUGUACACGCCGCAGGUGAAGCGCCCCUCGACCACCGACCCGCUGGCGGCCUUUCACCAGAAGCAGAUCAAGGACAUGGACCCGCGGGGCGCGCGAACGCGGCUGUUUGACCGAGCCAACCGGGAGGGCAUCAAGGUCGGCGACGUGCUGAUGGUGACGACGCGCCGGUCCGUAGAGCCCUUCUCUGGCGUGUGCCUGUCGAUCCGCCGCGCCGGCAUCGACACGGCCAUCCUGCUGCGAACCGCCUUGACCAAGAUCGGUGUGGAGAUGUGGUUCAAGAUCUACAGCCGCAACGUCGUCGGCAUUGACGUCGUCCAGCGCCGCCCCAAGCGCGCCCGCCGCGCCCGCCUCACCUACAUGCGCCAGCCCAAGCACGACCGUGGCAACGUCGACGCCGCCGUCACCGCUUGGCGCAAGUCGCGUAACAUCCUGGGUUCCCGCAACAAGAGCGCAGAGAAGCCCGGGGCCAAGACCAAGGCAAAGGCAGGGGCAAAGGGUACCAAGAGGAAGUAAAUGGCCUUGCUGGGUGGAUGUGGGUGAAUGCUCAUAUGAGCUUGGGAUUGGGGUCUCUGGCACGUAGAUUCCAAGGCGAGUUUGCCUGCUGGUCGUUUAUCAAACCUGGCCCUGUCUGGAAAUCACAUUGAAUGGACUCGUGUAUUGCAUAUAUGAGGGAAAUGUACUAUCUAAAAACAUAGACAUACUGUAACAAAACACGAUUUGAAAUCCUUGUAAUGUCAGUUUUGACUGAAUCUUUUCAUAUGGUCGGU